ACAGAUAACUACUGAAGAGUGGCUUCCUGCUAACACUAACCCAGCCUAAAUAUGGCUACCAGUAACAGUGACUGUUCUAACUCUGUGAACCAAGAACCAGCUGCUACUCACCCCCCAGAACAAAUCACCCAGCCAGCUGAACCUGACUAUGACCUUGUUGAACAACCUGACCAAGACUACUUCUGUCCUGUGAGCUUAGAGCUACUUGUUGAGCCACUCCAAACAACAUGCUGCGGCCACCACAUCUCCCAGCAAGCUGCCAACAGACUCACCAAAGAACUAAAACCAUGCCCUAUGUGCAAGCAAGACAACAUGGCUACUCAAGAAGACAAGUACUUGAGGAGAAAAGUUCGCCAGUUGAAUGUUCGCUGUCCCCACAAGAAGAGUGGGUGUGAGUGGACGGGGGAACUGGGGGACCUGAACCACCACACCACCUCCUGUCCAAAACGUCCCUGGAAGUGCCAAUAUUGUGACUUUGAGUCCACCCACGAUAUCGGAACAAAUGACCACACCCCUUGCUGUGACAACUACCCCCUGCCUUGUCCCAACCAAUGUGAGAUUGGUACCGUCCCUCGCUGCCAAGUUGAUAGCCACCUGCUGGAGUGCCCCCUACAACUUGUGGAGUGUGAGUUUGCUGGUAAUGGAUGUGACGUGAAGGUUCCUCGAAGAGAUCUGGUGGGUCACAUGACAGAGAGUGUUCAACACCACCUCCUGACAGCCACCCUCCUCAACCUACAACUAACGAGAGAGCUACACCAGAAAAUGGAGGAGAAAGACCAGCAAAUAGUCAACUUGCAGAAACAAGUGAAGGAACAAGGCGAUAACAUCCAUACCAAAAUUCAACAAUUAGACGCAAAAGUUGAUACCAAAUUCCAACAACAAGACAAAAAAACUGAUACCAAGUUCCAUGAUUUACAAACUAUAGUCCAAGAUCUUGAUGUGCAGGCUAAGCAACAAGUUGCAAUACUUGACACAAAGGUCAGUGACGUAAAGACCACGAUGGAAGCCAACACAGUGAAGAUACAGAAUGAUUUGUUAUUGCUAAAUGGGUGUUCUUGCCACGAGUUCACUCUUGCCGAGUUUACAAAACAACAAACAAAACCAACCAGUGGACACUGGAGUGGUGGAGAGUUUACUGCACAAGGGUGGAGCUUCUCAUUCAAUGUGUUUACAAAAGGUAUUGGAUCUCGUAUCGGAACACAUUUGACCCCUACAUCAAUAAACAGCAUGAUGCUAGCAAAACAGAAGGUGUAGCUAUCCUACAUAUGCUCAACCAGCUGGGUGACCAUGGACACUACAUAGGAACGGAAACAAGAAUUUUGAAGGAGCCAACAUAUUUUGGCGACUCAUACAAAUUCUUCCCCCGGGAUCGCCUAGGUUACUGUGCUGACACAAACACCCAGUACCUCAAAGACGACUGUCUCAAGUUCAGACUGUUUAUGAAAGUGAAGGCUCUCUAAAUAGUACACAAUGUUGUAUGGUUACUAUACCGUGAAUGUAUCUUAGCAAUUAGUGUGAAGUUUGACUAUUCUUGAAA